UGAGUUAAUUAGCUAAUCUUAAUUCAUGACAUAUCAAAUCUGUACUUUUACAGAAGAACAUUAUGAAUUUAAUUUACUCUACGCUUUUACAAUUUUUCUUCUCGAACAUUCUUAAAUUAACUAAAUAAAUACCGUUUUUGAAUUUUGGCACGUUCAGUAUCGAUGUAAUAGCAGUGAAAUACUAAAAUCGUUUUUUUUUUUUUUUUUGUGGUUGUUAGUAAUUUGAUGUAAUACAAAGGUAUAGUUGAAAAGAAAAAACCGAAAUGUAAAAAUAAAUGUUUUAACAGUUAGUCAGAUUGUUAACAGGUAAUUAUGGAUUUGAAUAUUUUAAAUGAAAAAAUAUACCUCUUGGAUGGCAGUUUUAUGAGUGGAAUAUCACCUUACGUGGAUAUCGAAUCCGUUAUAAAACAUCCACUCUGGGGAUCCAAUUUACUAUAUAACAGUGAAAAAACCAUUGUUUGUGGCCAUAAAGAUUAUAUUAGAGCUGGAGUUGAAUUUCUAACCACUUGUACUUACCAAGCAAGCAUCGAAGGAUUUCAAAAAUAUUUGGGAUUGAAUUAUGAAAAAAGUUAUGAAUUGAUUAAGAAGUCUGUUGCAAUUUGUCGACGUGCAAUAACAGAAGAAAAUUCAAAACGGUGUAUUCAAAUAAUGGGAUCUGUUGGUUCAUACGGAGCUUCAUUACGUGAUUGUUCAGAAUACAAUGGAAAUUAUAUAGACAGUAUGAAUUUUAAAGAACUAUAUGAUUGGCACAGACCACGAAUCCAAGCAUUGGUAGAAGCUGGUGUUGACUUUAUACUAUUUGAAACAAUUCCUUCAGUAGAAGAAGCUAAUAUUUUAUUAAAUAUAUUGACUGAAUUUCCUAAUCAAAAAGCAUGUUUAUCAUUUUCAUGCAAGGAUGGUAUUCAUUUAAGUCACGGAGAAACAUUUGCCAGUGCUGUGGAAAAGUUUUGGUCAAAUAAUUCCCAACUAGUUGCUAUUGGUUUUAACUGUUUGCAUCCAAAAUUUAUUACACCACUUUUAAAUUCUGUAAAGACUAAAAACGUUAAUUUCAUUAUAUACCCUAACGGAGGUGGUAUAUGGGACAAUGUUCAAAACUGUUAUGACAAUACUCAAAUAUAUGAAAUUUCAAUUGAUGAUCUUAAUUUAUGGAGAAAAAAAGGAAUGAAAAUAUUUGGAGGUUGUUGUAAAACUGAUCCCUCUGACAUUGCACGUUUAAGAAAUUUAAUUGAUACUUUGAAUGUCUGAAUUAUUUGUUUUAUUAUUUUUAAGACAUUAUUGAUUUUGCGUUUUAUUCAUUUUUCUUCAUUGGUGUUUUAUAGGCCAUUUAUGCCAAUAGUCGUAACAACCAUUUGUCUCCAUUAAUAUUUUGCUUUUUAUUUCAAAAUAAAUAUUUUUGUAUAAUUA